AUCCUUACUUAAAUACAGAUGCGGGAACGAUGUCCCCUUUCGAACACGGAGAGGUUUUUGUAUUAGAUGACGGUGGUGAGGUGGACCUGGAUCUCGGGAACUACGAGCGGUUCCUAGAUAUCAAGUUGACCCACGACAAUAAUAUUACUACAGGGAAGAUCUACCAGUCGGUUAUCGAUAAGGAAAGGAGAGGAGAUUAUCUUGGAAAAACUGUCCAGGUUGUUCCACAUAUUACGGAUGCAAUUCAAGAAUGGAUCGAGCGUGCUGCUUUGAUACCAGUGGAUGGAAAGGAUGGUCCAGCUGAUGUUUGUGUGAUUGAAUUGGGUGGAACUAUUGGAGACAUUGAAUCCAUGCCAUUUAUUGAGGCGCUUGGGCAAUUCUCCUAUCGUGUAGGUUCUGGUAACUUUUGCCUGAUUCAUGUCAGCCUUGUGCCUGUGUUGAAAGUUGUUGGAGAGCAGAAAACAAAACCAACUCAGCAUAGUGUUAGGGGACUACGAAGCCUAGGUUUGUCCCCACAUGUUUUGGCUUGUCGCAGCACAACGGCUCUUGAUGAAAAUGUGAAGAGGAAACUCUCUCAGUUUUGCCAUGUUCCGGUUGACAGUGUCAUCACUCUUUAUGACGUUCCCAACAUUUGGCACAUUCCUUUACUUUUGAAAGAUCAAAAAGCACAUGAAGCAAUCUUGAAAGUGCUGAAUCUUUACAGUAUAGCUUGUGACCCUGCUUUAGAGGAGUGGACUACUAGGGCUAAAAUAUGUGAUUCAUUGCAUGAACCGGUUCGCAUUGCAAUGGUUGGAAAGUAUACGGGCCUUUCAGAUUCCUACCUUUCGGUGCUAAAGUCUCUUAAGCAUGCCUCUCUCAGAUGUCUAAAGAAACUUGUUGUUGACUGGGUUCCAGCUGGAGAUCUUGAAGAUGCUACUGCUCAAGAGAACCCAUGUGCUCAUAAGGCUGCUUGGAAGCUGUUGAAGGGUGCAGAUGGUAUACUAGUUCCAGGUGGUUUUGGUGACAGAGGAGUGGAAGGGAAAAUCCUUGCAGCAAAGUAUGCCCGAGAAAACAAAGUUCCAUUUCUAGGCAUUUGCCUAGGAAUGCAAAUUGCUGUCAUUGAGUUUGCACGAUCUGUUCUUGGUCUGAAAGAUGCCAAUAGCACUGAAUUUGAUACCAACACGAAGAAUCCAUGUGUUAUAUUUAUGCCCGAGGUUUCUAAAACACAAAUGGGUGGAACCAUGCGCCUUGGAUCUAGGAGAACAUAUUUCCAGGUUAUGGAUUGCAAGUCUGCAAAACUGUAUGGGAAUAAAAGUUUCAUUGAUGAGAGACAUAGGCAUAGAUACGAGGUUAAUCCUGAUAUGGUGUCACGUCUUGAAUGUGCUGGACUCUCUUUCACUGGCAAGGAUGAAACACGUCAACGGAUGGAGAUUGUUGAGCUGGCUUGUCAUCCAUACUUCAUUGGUGUUCAGUUCCAUCCUGAAUUUAAAUCAAGACCAGGAAAACCUUCUGCAUUAUUCUUGGGACUCAUAGCUGCAGCAUGUGGCCAGUUAGAAUCUAUCGUUAAAAGCUCCGAGAGUCGGAAGAAAAUCACGAUUAAAGGCAGCGUUGAAGUCUCUGUGACGAAAUUCACCGGAAAUGGUACCACAAAAAUGACUGCGAAUGGGCUAUCUGAAGAUGUUUAUUUCAAGGACAAUGGAUUGCACUAUUGAAGGCAGGUGAAUUUCUUUGCAAACUCUUCCAGAAUGCUUUGCUGAUGUUAUGUGGUCAUUAUAACAGGAUUGCCUGUACAGUCAUCUGAGUUUGGAUAGGUAUAGGUCAAAGGUAUCUUUUUCAGGAAAGAGAGCUGUAUCCCAAUCUUUUAUAAUGGGUCAGCUUCUCAAAAAAAAAAUAUAGUCAAGUGAGGCGCUGUUUCAGGCUUGGUUUUUUUCCUUUGAUUCCCACCCGAUAAUACUAAUGAAAGCAAAGUCUAGUUUUGCGUUAGGACAUGUCUUGCCAGCUUUCUUUGUACCAUCGGAAUUUAGAAUGUAAUACGACCACAUGUUCAUGUGGUGGUUUAAGAACGUGUAAUUUGUAUUAUGGUAACUGUACGGUUUCCUGUCACGGUCAAACAUUGCAUUGCAAUUUAUUUUCACAAGGUUCUGCUUA